GGCCUGGGUUGGGCUUGGGCUGUCCAUGAUGGCAAAUGGGCUCGUUACUACAGAAGCCCCUUAGCAGUGGACUUGCGGCCUUCAGUGAGCCCAGCCCUCUUCACCACCUUCAUCUGUUCUUCUAUCACUGACGCGAAGUCGAAGGCUCGAAGCACGGUUUCUGAGUUUCUCUCUCGUUUUCAGAAUUCAACAAGAUGGGUCUUUUGUUCAGGGGCUAGAGAGUUUGAGAGUCUGGUCGUUCCAAGCAUUGCUAGAGUCUGGCUGUUUCUUAGAUUUCUUGUUCCGAUUAUAUAUAGUUUUGUCACAUAACUUGUCCGCUUAUUUCGUGGAACUAAUGUGUUAUUUACAAUUCCAUCAUCUGUCUAAUUUGAGAUUGAUAUCACACAGCAAAGGAAAACUUUGAGUUGGCUUUAGAGGCUGACAACUCCAAUACCAAUACCCAUGCAAGGUAUUGGCUCGCCAAAUUGCAUUUGAAAUACCAUGUCUCUGGGGGAUGUAAAGCUAUAGGAGCUGCAUUAUUAGUGGAAGCUUCAGAUAUGGGUGACCCAGAUGCGCAGUAUGAAUUGGGUUCUCGUAUGAGAGUGGAGGUGAGUCCAUGCUCAACAUUACAUCUAGCUUCUGUUCACUGGUUUUUAUUGGAAGCCGAAAAGUUAGUUCCUCGAAGCCUAUUAAGAUCCACUUAACAAUGUUUGAGUGUGCAGCUUUAUCUUGACCAUCUUUUCCUUUUCAAAACUAAGUUUAUCUUGAGUGCCUUACAUUACAUGUGUGUGUCAAUGAAAAGACUGAAAAAAAAAAUAUGAGAAAAUUAUCCGGACUUUCUGUAAUUUCUUGAAAUUACUUUCCCUUUUUAAUAUGAAUAGAAUUUAUGUUGAAACUGGUAUUAGUUCAGUAGUUUGAGAUUACCAUUCCUGUUUACUUGUUAAUUUGUGAUGCCAUUCAACAGUUGUUUUUGUAUAUUUUUGCACAAACUUUACAUAUUAUGACUGGAUUUAUGAUCAGCUUUAUAAUGUUGCUUCAAAGGGUAAUCAGCGAAGUUUCAUUUACUGCCAAAACCAGCAGACAAGGUAAUGUUGUUGCAUUCAGGCUUUUAGGCAAUAGUUAAUUAGGAUAUAUUCAAUGCUUUGUAGCCAGUGGUGAAUGCACCUGUUGUAGGCGAUAAGCAAGGAUCUAAUAAAGCUUACUACAGUACAAUGAGAUAGGCAACAAUCUUUGCCCUGAUUUUAUUCUAUGCAACUUCCAUUCCAUUCCAGUCCAUUCAUUUUAACAUGCCAGUCUCUCAUUUCAUCUCCACCAGAUUCUUUGACUCUUCUUUUUCUCUCUCGUGAAAGAGAGUACAAUUUGAAACUGUGCUGCUAUGGUAUUAUGUUCAGUAUGCUGAUUACAGCUUUUUGUUCAAUUAUAUGGUCUGGCUAUUGGAUAGAAUGAUUAUGUCGAUCAGAUCUACAAGCUUUCUAUUAUUUGGAGAAGGCAGUUGACCAGCUGCAUCCGGAUGCUCUUUAUCUUCUAGGUGCUGUAUAUUUGACUGGUGAUUGUGUGAAACAAGAUCUUGCUGCAGCUCUAUGGUGUUUUCGUAGGGCAUCAGAGAAGGCAGGGGACAUGCUGAUGCAGCCAUAGCAUAUGGAUCGCUUCUUCUUAGAGGUUUGGUAGCCUGACUUUGUAUGCUUAUCUUUUGAGCAAGAAUAGAAACUUUUUGAGAUUCCCAUAACAAAUCUUCCUUACCCCAUUCCUGCUGAGUCAUCAUCUUGAUUAAAAAAUGAAAGCUUGAGCUUGGUUAUCUUGUGUAUAAUUUAGUGGUAUAUUAGUUAGAUAACAUUUUGCAUUUUCCAUCUGUGACUAGGAUAUGGAAGGUAAGCCACUUCAACUUGGUCAGUUCAAGAUUUUAAUUUGUCUUAUGAAAUUUAUGUGCUAUCAUUAUAAGCAAAACAGGGCAGUAAGUCUGUCUGCUUAUCAGUAAUAGUUAUGUCAUCACACGAUUUCAGCUCCAGCUGCUAUUCCCUGCCUUGUUACUUGAGAAGUGGUCUAAGAAAGAGUUAUGAGUAGGUGGUGGUUGGGGAAGACUCGGAUCACUGCAUUUGGCGUGGGUGAUAUUUGCAUAUACGUUACAAUAAUUACUUAUAAUAUAAUCAUCAAUCAAGUAUUAACUAUCCUAAUUAUCAACAAUUCGCCGCACAAAAUUAAAGUUGCUCUCCAGCCCCAUAAAUAUUCCCCUAUCAGUUUAACUUUUAAUACAACCAAUAAUCACCUGCCACAUCAGCACCUCGAAUAUAUAUUUCUUAACAAGUCAUGAUCCCCUGCAGCCAUAUCUAUAUCUUGUGUCUUACAACCUUGAUCCUAACUCUUCCACGUGAUCAAAACUAGGAGAUUUAGUUGAUGUAAUACGACAAAAGAGAGGGCUAAUUUCGUCAAACAACAAUCUCAGGUGCUCUCCCACCACGUCGGAAAGGCCUUCUUCCUCCUCGGCAAUCGUUUUAAAGGCAAAGGCAGGCAGCCCCACACCUUUAUCGUAUAUAUAUACACACAGACUGUCACUCUUUAUUUUCUCACACAGGCCCACAACGUCUCUUCGUUUUCACCUGCUUCCGCUGCCCUCCGUUUUGUUGAGUAGCGCCUGUACGUGGUCCCUUUCACCUGUAGAAAAAAAGCACAAAAAGGUACUGAUAAUGGCUUGGGUCCCUCGCACUGUCGAUUCAGACCGUCGCCCCACGCGACCCAACUACGUCCCACCGCCUUUCAGAGCCCACAACAGUGGCUCUGACUCGUUUGCGUUUUCUGAUGAGUCAGCUCGGCAUCAACUGGGUCGAAAUGGGGCAAGUUACGGUCGCGGACGUGGACGUGGAGGUCGGCGUGGACGUGGGUGGAACCACCUUAGAGGACCCUUUAACCAGAAUCAAAACAGGGAAGACCCAUUUAACGAUUUAUCUGAGAAAUUUGACGAGCUGGAGGUUAGUGGAGAAGGUAUCACAAAUGGGUCAUCGGACACUGCAAUCAACUUCGAUGCAUAUGAGGAUAUCCCAGUGGAGGCGAGUGGCUCGGACGUGCCUCCAGCGGUCGAUACAUUUGCUGAUAUCGACCUUGGAGAUGCUUUGAACCGAAACAUAAAGCGUUGCAAGUAUGUGAGACCCACUCCAAUCCAGCGCCAUGCGAUACCCAUAGCGGUCGCCGGGCGUGACUUGAUGGCCUGCGCUCAGACCGGGUCUGGUAAGACAGCUGCGUUCUGCUUCCCUAUCAUCAGCGGGAUUCUGAAGAAUCAGGGUAUGGUGUUGGGUCGUUGGAACCAGGUUGCAUACCCUACUGCUCUCAUUUUGUCACCGACCAGAGAGCUGGCGAGUCAGGUGAUACAAGAUGAGGCUAAGAAGUUUGCUUAUGAAACUUCGAUUAAGAUUGCUGUUGUUUAUGGAGGAGCACCCAUCAUGCAGCAGUUUCGCAACCUAGAUAAAGGUGUUGACAUCUUGGUUGCUGCCCCUGGGCGCUUAAUUGAUAUGGUUGAGAGAGGAAAGGUUUCUUUUAAAAUGGUUAAAUACCUGGUUUUAGACGAGGCUGACAGAAUGUUAGAUAUGGGUUUUGAGCCUCAGAUUCGCAAAAUUGUCCAGCAAAUGGGCAUGCCUCCCCCUGGUUCAAGGCAGACAUUGCUUUUCAGUGCAACCUUUCCUGAAGAAAUUCAGAGGCUUGCAUCUGAUUUUCUUUCAAACUACAUAUUUCUGACUGUUGGAAGGGUUGGCUCGAGUACUAAUUUGAUUGCACAAAAGGUUGAAUUAGUUGAGGAUCCAGACAAAAGGGCCCAUCUUAUAAAACUUCUUCAAACCGAAAGGGAAAAUGGGAGCAAUGGCAAGGCUUUAACCCUUGUUUUUGUGGAGACAAAGAAGGGAGCUGAUUCACUUGAGCAUUGGCUGUUGAAGAAUGGUCUUCCAGCAAUAGCAAUUCAUGGUGAUAAGAUUCAAAUGGAGAGAGAACAUGCUUUGAGAUCAUUCAAGAGUGGCGCGACUCCAAUUCUGGUGGCUACAGAUGUUGCUUCAAGAGGUCUAGAUAUUCCUCAUGUUGCACAUGUGAUCAAUUUUGACUUACCCCAAGACAUAGAUGGCUAUGUCCACAGGAUUGGCCGAACUGGUCGUGCUGGUAAAUCUGGUGUAGCAACUGCCUUCUUCGCUGAGAAGAAUAUGGCACUAGCGAAGGCCCUUGCAGAGCUAAUGAAGGAAUCAAACCAAGAAGUUCCUGCUUGGCUUACCGAAUAUGCUGCGAGUCCAUUCUAUGGUGGUGGCAGCAGUCGAUCCAAUCGAUCUGGAAGAUAUGGUGGCAGCUCAUUUGGUGGAUAUGAUUUUCGAACUGAGAAUCAAUACGAUUCAUACACAUACACUGAACCAGAGUCUUUCAGCACUUUUGGUCACGAAUCUGUGGUCGCUACUGGCUGGGAGUAGGUGGAUUCGUCUCAAUGAAUCUCUGUUUCUUAUCCUCCUAGGCGGCAUUAGUUUAAGAUACAAAUGGUCUGCUGAAGACUUAGUUACCAGACAAACAGCUGCUGAAGAAAAACUUACAGAUUACCAUACAAUGCUUUCACAGUUUGCAUCUAGAUGAUGCUCUCUUUACAAGUAUUUGAAGCUUUCACAGGUUUUGAUUAUAUGGGGAGAUGAUUUUUUUGCAAGCCCCUCUUUUUUAGGUUGAUUGAAAGCCCUUUGAUUGGAGGCUCCUUUUUAGUUAUUUAAUUAUCAAGACUGAAUUGAAGUUAUAUGAAUUUGAGGAGGAUUGGCUCUACAUGGAAGUUAUAUUU